AUUGAUCUUCCUCUCGCCACCACCGCCACAUAUCACAAUCAACAUGGCAUCCGAACAACAGCCCUCUUCGCAUCAUCGACCCGGCACAAGCGAUGGCUGGCAUGGUACCAUAUCCCCUAGUAGCCCCUUCAACCCCGAAAAAGGCCGGUACCAUCUGUACAUCGGACUCUUCUGUCCAUUCGCCCACCGAGCCAAUUUCGUGCGCCAUUUGAAGGGGCUUACCGAUAUAAUCGAUAUCAGCGUUGUAAUGCCGUAUCCCAAGGGGGAUUCCAAGGGAUGGCCGGGUUGGCGAUUCCCCAGUUCUAAUGACGAGUACCCUGGAGCGACGGUUGACCAGCUCUUUGGAGAGGAUUACAUGCAUAAGGUGUAUUUUCGGGCGGAUCCAGAGUAUAAGGGGAGGUAUUCAGUGCCGUUGCUGUGGGAUAAGAAAACGAAUACCGCGGUUUGUAAUGAAAGCUUGGAGCUUCUGCGCUGGCUCCCAUCGGCGUUUAACUCGUUCCUUCCAGAAUCACUAGCAUCUAUCACUCUAUACCCAACACACCUCCAAACUGAGAUUGAUGCCUUGAGUAAAUGGAUUCAAUCGGAUCUUUGCACAGGAGUCUACAAAGCCGGCUUUGCCCCGUCCCAGGAGGUCUACGAUCAAAAGGUCGUCCCGGUCUUCGGUGCACUGAAUGCCCUUGAACGCAUCGUCGCCCGAAACGGCGGCCCAUUUAUUCUUGGUUCAGAGAUGACAGAGCUCGAUGUUAUAGUGUAUGCGACCUUGAUUCGCUUCGACACGGUCUAUGUGCAGCAUUUCAAGUGUAAUCUGGGGACAAUUAGACAUGAUUACCCGGUCCUGAAUAAUUGGCUGAAGGGGAUGUAUUGGGACGUGGAGGCUGCACGGGCCACGACGGAUUUUAAGCAUAUAAAAGAGAAUUAUACGAAGAGCCAUUAUGAUAUCAACCCCAAGGCGAUCACACCUAUGGGACCGUUUCCGCAUGUGGAGGAGGGGGUUGAGAGGGAUUGGAGUAAGUUAAGCGUUGGAGGAGUCCAACAUCCGCAUGUUUUAGAAUACGAGAAAACAUUAUUGGUGGAUGCUCCGUCGAGGAUUUAGCAGGUUGAUAUUACGUUGUUCAUAGUACCUGAUACCUAUAAACACUUGAUAUCUAUAGCCCCCCAAGUAUCAUCACACUGGAACACAAGAAAUGGACAAUUCUUAAACCUAGUGCCUACUACCCCAGGUACAGAGUAAGUAUAUAUGUCCAAGUACUCCGUACGAAUUCUGGAACGCCCCACCAUGAACGGAUCACAUCCAAUUUUUUUCUUCUGACAAUUGAAACCUACUACAACAAUCCUUACUCCAGAUAACCCACCCAACAUAACCAACACCAACAAUAACAGCCAAAGAGGAAGAGAGGAGGAAAAAAAAGAAAGAAAGAAGCACAAGCAAAAUGGCAAUCAUCCGCCCCGCAACCCCAGCAGACCUUCCCCAAGUCCGCGCAAUCAGCACCUACUACAUCCUCAACACAGCCCUCAUAUUCACGCAAACCUCGCCACCACCUGCCGUCUUCCAAGCCAAAUACGACGACCU